AUGCUGGCGUUUGCCAACUCGGCCAUGGCUGCUGUUUCCGGUCUGGUGGCUGGUCAAGCGGGAAACAAGAAAACCGCCCGAGUCGUGGUGGUGAACGAUACUCCUCGGCCACUCGUCGCGGUCUCAGUCGUCCAUAAGUCCAGCAACGUGUACAGGAACCGUGAGGAAUGGGCAAUGAUCCAGCCAGGCAAGCACUCUGCGCCCGAAUUGCAAGUUGAAUACCCAACUGGGUCCGCCGCUGCCGAUGACGGUUCGUGGCUUGUUAUCUGGUAUAGCGAAGACUUGCAGGCGCUAUGGCACUCUGAUCCAAGUGAUUCGGUCUUCCCAAGCGAGAUGCUGGACAGGCAAACGCCAGAACAGGUUCAGAAGGUGGAAGAGGCCCUCGCCGCCGGCAGCGGCCCGGGGUCUAAAGGUGCAUUGCUAGCAACUGCAUUAGCAAAGUCGACGACAGACCGUUUGUUCAAUUCCGAGAGCACGGAAGGGUUUGUGCAGCACGUCUUGCACGACGAAGAUGCGGACCAGUUGACUGAGAUCGUUAUAAACGCUAAUGAUACGAUCACGUUCAAGUCCAAGUCUGGCAGCACGGAAACCAAGGCCAGCUCGAAGCCAGCGACCAAAUAA